AUGGCGGUUGGAGACAGUUUGAAUCUAUUUCCAAACCAAAUUAACGUCUUGAAAAACCGCAACUUUGCUUUUCUUGUAGAGAUUAAACCCUACAAUGGCAACAACUAUAAUAAUAUCUACACCACUGUCAAACUUACAGAAAAUGUGUCCAUUGUUUCCCAAUUGGAAAGUAAAAUUGAACUUAUGAGUACUCAAUCCGUUUCCUUAAAUCAAGUACCUUUGGAAUCAGAUGAAGCUGUACAAAAUGUUCAAAAGGAUGUUAUUUCUCAAAUGGAUGAGAGUUUUACAUCGUCAACAGUUGGUAAAUCAACCGCAACUAGUCCUAUCAAAAUAGCAACUGAGUUGAAGCGCAACCUCCAUGACAUUUACGACGUUGAUGGUGGAGAUGAUUUCAGUUCAACAAAAUCUGAAAGAAAAUCAAUCGGAGAAGAAAAUCCACUUUUAGUUCCAAAAGUGGAGAAGUGA